AUGCCCGUCGAAGAAGAGGACAAGGAACGGCUUGACAGGCCCACUAUUUCCGAUAGCGACAAUACCAGGACUGCGGAGGCAUCAGCUCAUGAGAUCAGCCAUCUACCUAAUGGUGUCGGUGUUACGCAACCCGCAAAGGUUACGAUUGACGCGUGCGUCCUUGACGAGUUAGAGAAGUGUAGGGCCGAGCUAGCCGAGCUGAAAGGCACUAAUUACUCGACAUCCAAAGAGAAAUAUCGGAUCAUUCAUCGCGUACCUCGUGCAGAGACAGAGAAAUUCGACUGUUGGCUUGACCAUCCAAGAUGGGUUUACGGUGAACUUGAUAAGAAGGCUCUCCAAGGCUCUCUACCUGUUUCCAACGUGGAGAAUUUUGCCCAGAGGCAUCCUGAAGUAUCUUUCCUGGUACAGAGGACGUACAGAGUUGGCCAUGGUACCGACAAUGAAGAUGACUUGCCCACUCCAUCAAGCGAAUCGAUAUACAUUGUUUCCGAUCGCCUCAAAAGCGUCUGUCGGAAAAUGUACAAGCUGUUACCUUAUCCGGUGUCGGUCCUCAAAGGCGAAGAAAUGGUUGAACUCAAAGCCCCGUACCUGUUUAUCUACCACAGUCGUAAUGCACUGGACGAUUGCGCCGCAAAACUCGAGCCCAGGGAUUCCAGAGAAUGGCAACCACUCGUCCGUUAUAUUCUUGAAGCACAGAAGCUCGAAUACGAGCGGGCAGACUACCUCAUCUCUCAGAAGCAGAUUUCGAAGGGCUACAUUCAGUACCUCUUCAAACCCCAGGACCACGUGGUCCUUCGACAAGGCAAAGUGCAGCUCGGCUUUCUGUCCACAACGUGGCCAACAAGCCGCUCGAUCGAUAGCCAUGACUUUAAGCAUAUUUGUCGCGAGAGCGGUGUCGACCUCUCCAAAUUCUUUGAUGAGAAAGACUUGAAGGCCGAGGACUUCAGGAAAUCAUUUGGAGUAUGGAACCUUGAGGCGUAUUGCUUCAGUUAUCUCGGGGUAUUCAUCAAGAAGGACCGGACUUUGUCAGUUGUGGAGCCAGGGAAAGGGAACCAAUCCUUUCCGAUCAGUGAGCUCAAUGUGUACCCGCUAGAAUUCGCGGAAGAUGAUAUUCAAGCGUUGCUCAAGAAACGAGGUGAGGUCUUUUGGAGAUGCCGCACACAGCAAUAUGUGUCGUACGUCUCUUCCGAGGAGACCGACCCGGCGACCCUCAUGAGUGACCGUUACAUGAUCGACUUCAAGACGUACCUGAGGCUCCAUCACAAAGAUUACGCGAAACCUAUCUCGUCCAACGCCGAUUCGGAGCUCGACCCAGCCUUGGCAAAUGCCGAAGAGCCCCCAAAGCAGCCUUUUCUGCUCCUUCUGCCGAACGAAAUCAAGGGCUAUAACCUCCGGACGAAGUCUUGGGUGGAUUUAGAAGUCAAUCGCAUCACCGAAAUCAAGUGGAACGAGACAGCCUUUGAUAGCCUAGUGAUUGACACUGGCAUUAAAGAGCUCAUCAGAGCCCUUGUCACCAAUCUGGUGGCCGCGGAAAAAGGCACCGACCUGAUCGGGGGUAAAGGUAAUGGUCUGACCAUGCUCUUACACGGCGGACCAGGUACCGGAAAGACGUUCACGGCCGAGAGCGUCGCUGAAAUCGCACACAAGCCGCUCUACCGCGUGACGUGCGGCGACAUUGGCACAACACCCAAGGAAAUCGAGACGUAUCUGGAGAACGUACUGCAUCUCGGCAACAUCUGGAACUGCGUUGUCUUGCUCGACGAGGCCGACAUCUUCCUCGAAGAACGUUCCCUAUACGACGUGCAGCGCAACGCACUCGUUUCCACUUUCCUUCGGGUCCUUGAGUACUUCAACGGCAUCUUGAUUCUGACGUCCAACCGCGUCGGCCGGUUUGAUGAGGCGUUCCGCUCACGGAUUAUGCUCGCGCUGCAUUACAAGCCGCUGACUCACGAUCAGCGGCGACAGGUCUGGCGCAACUUCUUCCGCCGUCUCAAGGAUCUGGAAGAGUCGAAGGUCAACUUGGAGAAUCUGAUGCGUCAUGUGGAGGACCUGGCAGACCAUGUUCUGAAUGGCCGAGAGAUCAGGAACAUCAUCACGAUCGGGCGACAGCUCGCAAUCUACCGGAACCAGGUCCUGGACUUUGAAAUAUUGGAGAGUGUGGUGGACAAGACGAGCCUGUUUGACAAGUACUUGCUCGAGGUUAACGAGGGACAAACAGGGGAUGCCAUUGCAAGGGAAUUAGGAAUGAGAUGA